AUGACCGCCUUUGUCCCGCGCCCCUCGUUCGGCAUCCCCUCGUCCAUCCCAAAGACGUACUUUUCCGGCCACCAUGCCGCCGGCACGAGCAAGAUCAAGGGCCUGCUGUCCACCAUCUCCCUCGUCCUCGAGUGCCGCGACUUCCGCCUGCCGCUCUCGACGCACAACCCCAUGCUCGAGCGCCUCGUCGAGGGCCGCGACCGCCUCGUCGUCUACACAAAGUCGGACCUCGGCUCCGACAGCAACCCGCCCGCCCGCCACGCCCUGCGCCGCCUCUACGGCGACCGCGCCGUCUUCUGGGACAAGAACCGGCCCGCCACCACCGACGCGCUGCUGCAGCGGCUGCGCCGCGCCGCCGAGCUGCAGGACUCGCUGACGGGCAUGCGCGCCCUCGUCGUCGGCAUGCCAAACGUCGGCAAGAGCACCCUGCUCAAUGCCCUCCGCAGCGCCGGCACCGUGGGCAGGAAAAGGGCAAAGGCGGCCAAGACGGGCGACCAGGCCGGCGUGACGCGCAAGGUCGGCACGUCGGUGCGCGUCGUCGAGCCCGAGGACAAGGGCGGCGUCGCGGGCGGCGUCUACGUCCUCGACACGCCCGGCAUCUUCCAGCCCUACGUCGACGACGGCGAGGCCAUGGUCAAGGUCGCCCUCGCCCACGGCAUCAAAAAGGGCCUCAUCCCCGACGACAUCCUCGCCGACUACCUGCUCUACCGCCUCAACCUCUGGGACCCGUCGCUCUACGCGCGCUACUGCGCGCCCACAAACGACGUCGACGACUUCCUCGCCGCUGUCGCCCGUCGCGACGGCAAGCUCAAGGCCGGCGGCCUGCCAAACCUGCACGAGGCCGCCGCCCGCGUCCUGUCCCAGUGGCGCGACGGCAAGCUUGGCAGGUACGUCCUCGACGACCUGGCAGACGACGACGUGCGCGCCCACCAGCUGCUGGUCCAGGAGCCGCACCUCAGCGUCAACCAGGCCAAGAAGAUGCAAAAGGAGGAGCGCAAGAGGAAAAGAUCGGGCGCCUGA